AUGGCGGCGGCCGCGCCUGCCGAAGAUCCGACGCCGUCGACUACCCCUGACCUUCCACUCGUCAAGAGGAGGAAGAGGGAUGACCCUAGUUAUCUGGAAACCUCGCCGGUCACUUCGGCCACGGCGGCUGCAGGCGGCUGGUCCUCGCUCCCAGACGACCUGGUCCGCCGCAUUGGCGACUCCUUCCUCGCCACCAACGACCUCGACCACUACAUGUGCCUCCGCGCCGUCUGCCUCAGCUGGCGCGCCGCCACCGACGACCCCAAGAACAACACCUUCGACCCCCGCUUCUACCCGCAAACAUGGAUCAUCCUCGACGAGCAGCGUGACCGUGACGACGACCACGAGCUACUCCUUCUCAACGUCGCCACGGGGCGCUUCCUCCGCAAGAAGCUGCCGCUGCUCCGCGAAUACUACAUCGUCGCCACCACUCCCAACGGCUUCUUCGUCCUGGCGGACAUGAGCCCUCCCCAUGCCGCCCGCCUGUUCAACCCUCUCACCGGCGUCCUGAUACGUUUCGUGGCACCCGUACCCCCCGACACGACGGUCGCCAACGUCGCUUCGCUAGCCAUCAUUUUGCUCGGCGACUCGUCUCGCAAGGUGUACACGGCCGUUCCUCACAGUGAAGAUUUCAAUGCUAGAGACUACCAGCAAGGACUUUAUAAUUUCUUCCGGAAGGCGGUCGUAGGUGGUGCCUACUCACACGUCUCUGGAGCCGCCUUCGGUGACGUGGUUACUAAAUUUUUCGAUUUGCUGAUAAUGGUUUAUGUUGAUCCUAUCAAGUGUUUCUCUAGUGAUUAUCUUGGAGAUGCAAACGACGUCCGGUGUUUCGUAGUGGGCUUGCCUGCACAUAUGUUGCUUGUCAUGAUAAUAGAUGGAUCCCCAUCUGUGGUCAAGGUGAACACCCAGACAGGUAGCAUCGGGCCUAUGCACAACAUCAGCAGAUUUGCCAUCUUCAUUGGUCACCGCAGGUGUCUGGCUGUCGAUACUAAUAGGUUCCCAGGCAUUGAGGCAAACUGCUUGUACUACACUCAACACUUGGGUUCGUCUGCUCGCAUCUGCAAGUACAACCUCAAGGACUGCAAAGAAGAGGUCAUCUCUGAAGCCGUUGAAUUCAUGAAGCAGGACAAGCAGUUCGUCCUCAUCGCUGACCGUCCUUUCACAAUCAUCCACCUUCUCUGCAGUUACACAAUCAACAUCCUGGAUUCUCAGCUGGCCUUGCAACAGAUGUCCUAA